AUGCAAAAUAUGAGUGAAAUUAUUGGUGAUCAAAAUCAAAUUCAGACUUUGGUAGAGUUCAAUCAAAUUAUGGCUACCGACGAAAUAAGUGUCAGCCAAAACUUUGACUCGAUUCAUGGAAAUGAUACAAUUUUAAAUUUACCCUUAACUUUAAUGCUGUCAGUAACAACUACAUCGUUUGUUCCCAAAAAUGUUCAGUGUCAGAGAAUCAAUCCAUAUUUCCUCAAUCUUCUAGCAUGCACACCCUCGAUCCAUCAACCUUUGCAAUUGAAUGAAACAGCUAACAUAGAACAAAGCCAUAUUUUGCUUCAUGGAGGUGGCGGACCAGGAGGUGGAUUUGGAGGUGGCGGACCAGGAGGACCAGGAGGACCAGGAGGAGGGUUUGGUGGAGGUGGACCAGGUGGACAUGGACACGGAUUUGGUGGACCAGGUGGUGGAUUUGGUGGACCAGGUGGUGGUUUAGGUCAUGGUCGUAGACAAGGUCUUAAUCAACCUUUCAUGGCUAUGCCUCCGCGUGCGUAUGGAGGAUCCAACCGAUUUGGCUUUUCAGGUUCAUCAUCAAUGUUCAACCCAGGACUCAGGCGUCGAUACGGGGCAGCACCACCUCCUCAGUAUUAUUCGAAUAGACAUGGCCUGUGCUGCACUAUUGUCUAA